AUGUGGCCUGUCACUGAAGAUAUUACAUGUGAAGAGGAAGUAAACAGAGAACGAAUGAAGAAACUCGUAUCUCCUAUGUUGACUGCUGGAGUGAGCACUUUCCUAAAUUCUCAUCUUGCGGAUUAUAAAAAAGCAGUAAACAUCAUGGGUUGGAUAAGGAUAUUUGUCUACAAUUGUCGACAUAAGCAAGAAAAUAAAAAAGGGAAUCUCAGUGUAUCUGAUAUCAAUGAAGCAGAGAAAACAAUAGUGUAUUUAAUACAGCAAGAAUCUUUCGCUAAAGGUAAUAAUCCUCCCACUGCGCCACCACCAGCAGAUAGAGUUCAAGACGCUCCUGCAUUUCAGAUAGCAGGCAUGGACAUUGCUGGCCCAGUGAUUCUAAGAGAUAACUCAAAAGCUUGGAUUGCUCUUUUUACCUGCGCGAUGUAUCGUGCCGUCCACCUAGAAUUAGUAACAUCCAUGUCAACGGAGACAUUUCUACUAGCUUUUCAUCGUUUUGUUGCUCGCAGAGGGAAACCUUCAGUGGUAUACAGUGAUAACGGAACUAAUUUUAAAGGAGCUGCCAGUGCUUUUGCGUUAAUUGAUUUUGAGAAAAUUUUCCUUGAAGCAAGAGAACACAUAACUUGGAAGUUUAUACCACCUAAUGCUCCUUGGUGGGGAGGUUGGUGGGAGAGACUUGUAGGAAUGAUGAAAAAUAUUUUAAAGAAAACUCUAGGAAGACCCAGUUUAAGCUACGAAGAAAUGAUUACAGCUUUAUGCAAUUGUGAGGCUAUUUUAAAUGAAAGGCCUUUAACUACAGUAUCAUCUGAUCCAAGUCUUACUCCUCUUACACCAGUAAAUUUUCUCAAGGAAAUCAAAAGUAGUACCUUACCAGACCUUAAAAUGAAUCCAAAUUCAAAUAGUUUACAGCAAAGGUUACAAUAUAUUCAAACAGUACAGGAAGCAUUUAGAAAAAGAUUUCGUCAAGAAUAUUUGGAAACAUUAUGUACAAAACAAAAGCAUAAAAAAGUCACCCCUCUAAAAGAAGGCGACGUAGUUCUCAUUGGAGACGACGAUAAAAAAGACAACUUUGGCCACUUGGUCGAAUAG